AGGUUAUUCCUUUAACUGAGGGCGGCUUCUCCUCUUCUCCCACGUUGUAGUAUAGAAAAAAGGAUACACGAUCAUGCACGGAGCAGGGAGGAAAGCGUAGCGUAGACUGUACAGCGGCUCGUUCGGAUUUCGUUGUUGUUUCUCAAUUCAUCGUUUCAUUUUCCUUUUCAACAGCUUCACGUAGACGUGCCACGGACAACACAGUCCGCACACACACACACACACACCAGUUCUUUGCAGCAACACGACGCAUCGUGGUACAGACAAACAUUCGUUUAUUGCGUAUAUAUGUAUUUAUAUUUAUUUACAGAUUCGAACUCGCUUUAUCUUUUUUUCCUCCCUCUUUCAACCGUUUUCUUCAGUUUCAUUGUUGCUUUGGUGAAAUUUCAUGCUUUUCGAAGGGUACAUAAUAAUUUUGAUUUGCCUUAUUCUUCCUAUUUCUUUUUUUCCUUCUGCAGUCGACCACUUUUCUGCAGUUCGCGUGUUUUGCACUGGUUGUUGUGUAGUGCAUUAUUUUGGGAACACAGACACAAACACACACACAAAAGAGGGGAAACAUUGGAGAAACGUGAGUUAAUACAAGCGAAACGACAGGCUGGUUCACUUCUUCAAGACUUGACGCUUUCCAUCACUCCCGUGUGAGAAUACUGCGCACACACCGCUUUCCUGCGCGCUAAUUGUUCUAGUUGUCGGGUUCGUCUGCCCAUUCUUAUUAUUUUUUUUUUCUCCUUUGCGCCAACGAUUCGUUUCUGAGAGGCUCCGUGACGCCUCUCUUAAAACAACCCCCACUCCAUCCCCAAAAACCUGCGUUUUGGUGAGCUUGAAAAGAGACUAGCACACAAUUGUUGUUUUGUACUAUUACCUUAUAGUUUCACAACUUGCUGCCCGUUGAAUGUGUACAGUUCUUCUUUCUGCUGCCCAAGGCACUUCGGCUUCUUUUUACCACUCUACCACUCCGGUUCACUCUCUCAACUGUGACACGGUUGUUACGGAGUAGGGUGCUCUCUCGGGAAUCCGUAUGGCGUGUUGUUGCUGUUUGCUGUUUGUAUAUUAAGGUGGUUUUUAUUUUACGGUGGCAACGUGCUGACCUGGCCGUCUAGCUUUUCUCUACCCCGAUGAUCGAGCGCACGGACGAUGCGGCAGUUGAGAACUUCACUGCCUUUGUCAGGUCGAACCUCCCCCCGCUGCCUUCGUUCCCGGAAACACUCGAGGACGGCUGUGCGAAGGUGGGCGUGUCCUCCUCCACACCCGCCUUUGCCGUGAGUUCUUCUCCUCUGGAAGGCCGCCGCUCGCCGCCGCCAAUACGCUCCAUGAGCAACCCGCGUAAGAACAGUGCCACACGCCGGCCACUGCCUGACACGCCGGAAACGCUGCAGAACGGGGCGGCGACAACGACUUCCGUAGCCGGCGCCAAAUCUACGGCGAGCGUGACAAGCACUAGCUUCUCUCUCCCUGCUGGCCCGCUACCCCGCAUCAUCGCGAACGCAAAUACAACAGUUGCGCAGCCAUCCCAGCUACCAUUGCAGUCCGCCUCGCCGUUGUCCGCGCCCGCAUCGCGACCGCCAUCAAAUCAAGACGAGCAGGAACUUCCGCACCUGCACGACUUUCUCCUGCACUUCUCAGCGUCGUCGACGGUGGGGCAUCACCCACCGCACACGCAACACCUCUCCGCGCCGCUCAGUAAUAACUACAGCCCUGCGAUCCAAUCCCCCAACAAGCUGGAGGAGCCGCACCACAGCGGUCCUUCAUCCCCUUCCUCCCGUCAAGUCUCGCCCCCUCAAAGCAGCUCUGGCAAAGCGCAGCGAGAGAGCCCAGCUCAGUCCUCUCUGCAGGGGCAGGACUUGUUGGAUUUCCCAGUGCCGCACAGGGCUUCUGGGGAGGCGCCAGACUUGCCGCCCCGUCAGAUGGUGCGACGCAGCGUCGCGUCGCCGCUGCAGCACUCCCCCGUGCUGACGGCCGCCGCGGUGGUCGCCGUGCACGAGUCGCACGGUGUUCUCUCGGCGGAUGUGAAGUGCACCGGCGGGGGCGGGGCCGUCGCCGGUCCGGGUCGCAGCGACACGACCCGCUCCUUCGACGCUGCGUCGCCGACGACACCCACGGCGCCGUCGGUGCCGCCGAUCACCAACCCCCGCACCCCGGUCGACCUCUCAUCCCCGUUGUAUCAACGAAACGGCUACGCGGACAUCGACGCUGCGGCAGACGCCGCCGCGAUGGCGUCUGGCCUGCGGCUACCCGAUCUCCCCACCCGCGAAUCCUUUCCCGUUCCCCGCUACUGCCCGGACGACUUGCUACGUGGGGAAGACAAGCUGUGGUGCCCAGGCAAGCCGCUGCGCAUCGCCUACGUCACGUGGAACAUGGCGAACAAAGAGCCGCGGAUGGACGAGGUCUCCGCUCACUGCAUACAUCCCAACGCACAUCUCGUGGUGGUUGGCACGCAGGAGAACGGGCCCUACAUUGGAACGAAUAAACUGCAAAACAAAUGGGCGCGGACGAUCGGCGACGUGUGUCUGGGCGGGCAGUACGAACUCGUCGGCAAGCAUCACAUGUGGGCGAUCCAAAUGCUGGUCUUUGCGCGCAAGCGAGACGUGGCCAAGUACGUGUCGCGCCCGCACGCAUCGCAUGUAAAGACGGGGCUGAUGAACGGGUUGGGCGGCAACAAGGGCGGCGUUGCCGUGGGGCUGGUGCUUUCCCUGACGCCGAAGUUCAACGAGCUCUCGCACGGGGCGACGACGCAGCGGGCUGUGACGACUGCCCCGCCCUCCCCACGAGGCGAGCGGGUGCGGGCGCCGGCCGGAAGCAUCAACGCCAGACCGACCAUCGUUAGCGCAGCCAACGACGGCGUUCAUUUCCCCAGUGUCCCCCGCGCUGAGCAGGCAGCGGCGUCAGCCACCACCACCGAGUCAAGAUCUGACGACCGAGGAGGAGAGAACGACGCCAUGGACGAUGAUGUGCCCUUGUCGCCGAGUAUGAUGUCGGGUCCACCGCCCCCGGCGCUGCUCAGCGCGGUGGUCAUGCAGCACGACGUCGACGACGAUGACGCAAAUGUGUACGACCGACUAAUGCUGGCAGAGAUCUCCGCCGACACGACGGGGGACUUCAACGACAACAGCAGCGUUGGAGCGGGGCUGGGGGAUGAGGCGGUAUUCUCACCCGCUGAGAUGGUCAACCGCAACGCCUCUUUUGACCUUUCCCGUUCGCGGCAGCGGGGGCGGCGGAAGAAGCGUCACGUGCACCACCGCGUUGGACGGAAGAAUCGUGCAAAUGGAGGUCUCCACAACGGUAAUACGCGGCAUCACAACGAGGCGGAACAGCGCUGUGACGACGACUUGAGUGACGGGACGCCAGACGGCGACACCCCAAACUACAUGUCGCUGCUCUUCAUCACCGCCCACUUAGCCGCCCAUCAGGGCGCGGUGGUGAACCGCAACAAGGACUAUCGCCAGAUCGUUCACGGCUUACGGGUCGGCCGGCGAGGUUCGCACCGAAAGUUCUUCAAGCGCUUGCUGCGGCAGCGACGCGUGCUGGGCGACGUGGAGGGAGUGGUUAGCGACGACGACAACGACUCACAGUGGAACGACGACUCGUCGGAGGAGGACAUCGUGCUGCUCAGCCUGCCCGUCGUCUCCGCUAUUGUGAAUCGCGGUAAAGCGCGCCGCGACGUCACGGAGGAGUUUGAUCUCACCUUCUUCGGAGGAGACUUGAAUUACCGUAUCAACGGCACACGAAAGGCGAUUGAGUACGUCAUUCAGCACCACCGCAACAUCCGAUCGAUCCUCAUCAACAACGAUCAGCUGAGUCUCGAGCGCGCACGUGGGGCGGUGUUCCAGGGCUACCACGAAGGCAACCUCCUGUUCCGUCCAACCUACAAGUACGAGGUGUCCCCCAGCAACGGCGGCGUGACACUCGACGAGUACAACUUUUCGCGGAAGAAGGAUCGAAUGCCUGCCUACUGUGAUCGCGUGUUAUUCAAAAAGAAACUCAGCUCCGCGGCACGGCGCGUAGCCAUCCGCCUCUACACCGAUGUGCCGAACGUGCGCACGAGCGACCACCGACCCGUCGUCGCCCUCUUUGAUGUCGGCACACGCGCGUACGCUGCGUAA